AUGGCCAGUGAUUCACAAAGACCUCCUAGAGGGUGGAACUGUCCAUCUCGAGCCAGAGAACCUUUCCUGCAGAUAAUCCACGCCAAUGAGUCAUUCCCAAGCUCCCAAACCUGUGCUCAGCAUGACUUCCUCCUCCCCAGUGAGCCCUGGGAGUUGCCUGGUUUCACUCAGCAAGUCUACCACAGGCUGGCCCUGAAGCUGCCACCCAGCACUGAGCUUAAGUCCAAAGUGCGUCACUGCCUAAUCUACCCUGCGGAGAACGCGACCCAGCACACCUGGGGCUUCCACACGUGGCUUGACGUGGGCCGCCUGCCGGCCACCUUCCCCACUCGGCCUGACAUGCCCUAUGACAGCAACAUCUGGCGCUGGGUGACAAACUGCAGAGCCCACCAGCAGCCCCCAGCCAAGCCUCCCAUCCCGCCUCCUUCCUGGAUGGGCAAAAACAGCUUCCUGACCUUCAUAUGCUGCACUCCCAUGUUCGUGGACAAGAGCAGGAAGAACCAGGUGAUGCGCAGGGCGGUGAAGGAGCUGAAGGAGGUGGAGAAACUCAAACUGAGGAGUGAAGUAAGGGCACCUCCACUGGAUGCCGAUGGCAAAAUCUUGCCCUCCGAGAAAUUCAAGAAGUAA